UGAUUGUGCGCAUGCGCGGUCGCAAAUCGGGAAUCGGUAGUGACUCAGAAGCCGCCGGUUUCUUGUUGUUGUUGUUAUUGUUAUAAUCGGCGAUGAUGUCCGCGUCUUCAGCCGACGCUCUGGCGGGAUACACCAGCGGUAAGAUGGCCGAUAAGGACGCGGGGCAGGACACGGCUCUGGGCAGCGCUUACUCCCCGGUGGACUACAUGAGCAUCACCAGCUUCCCCCGCCUACCCGAGGACGACGUGCUGGCCGGGGAGAGCGGCCUGAAGUCCCGCAGAGACGAGGACAAUUUCCUGGGUGAGCAGGACACAGACCCGGACCUGUUCCUGAAGUCGGCACGUCUGCAGCGCAUGGCCUCGUCUGCGUCUGACCUGGCCAGCCGUGAUUCGUCUCCUCUGAGAGAGACGAGGCGAGACCCGCUGGCUCAGGAAUGCGCGUGUACACGGGACGGUCUCACUGUCCUCAUCACCGCCUGUCUGACCUUCGCCACCGGGGUCACCAUCGCCCUCAUCGUGCAGAUCUACGUAGGAGAACCGCAGAUCUUUAAUCAGGGUGCCGUGGUGACAGAUGUGGCUCGCUGCACCUCGCUGGGUUUCGACGUUCUUGGUCAGCAGGGUUCGAGCGUGGAUGCUGCCAUCGCUGCCGCUCUCUGCUUAGGCAUCAUCCACCCCCACAGCUCGGGCAUCGGCGGUGGAGGAGUCAUGCUGGUCCACGACAUCCGAAAGAACGAGAGCCGCAUCAUCGACUUCCGUGAAACGGCGCCCUCUGGCCUGAGGGAGGACAUGCUGCAGGACCUACAGCAAAAGCCAGGUCUCACAGUGGCUGUACCGGGCAUGCUCAGUGGACUGCACCAAGCUCACCAGCUCUACGGAAAAAAGUCUUGGAGGGAGGUGAUCACGAUGGCCGCCGACGUCGCCAGGAACGGCUUCAAAGUGACCCACGACCUGGCGGACGCUCUGUCCCAGAUAAGGCUAGAUAAUCUGUCGGCGGCGUUCCGAGAGCUCUUCCUUCCCGACGGUCGUCCUCCUCUCUCUGGACUCUCCGUGACGCGGCAGGAUUUGGCGGCCAUUUUGGACAGAGUGGCAGCCAAUGGGAUCUCUGAGUUCUACGACGGAAAUCUGACCCAGGAAAUGACGUCUACGGUUCAGGCCAGUGGAGGCGUUCUGACGGAGGUGGAUAUUAGUAACUAUACAUCCGUCCUCGAGCAGCCGGUACAGAGCCGUUACCAAGGUUAUCAGAUAUUGGCUGCACCACCUCCUCAUGCUGGAGCUGGCCUCCUUACAGCUCUCAACAUUUUGGAAGGUUAUAACAUCACCAGCCAGACUCAGAGAAGCAGCACCCUCCACUGGAUCACUGAGACUCUGAAGAUCGCCUUGUCUCUGUCUAGCGCUCUGGGAGACCCCGUGUUCGACUCGUCUGUCUCUCAGGAAGUGGCUCGAAUGUUAAGUAAAAGUCAGGCUGCUCAGUUUCGGGAGAUGAUCAACGACUCGUACUCGUCCCCUCCGAGCCACUACUCGCCCAGUUACUCUCUGGAGGCGGGCACAGUGGUCAGCCAGGUCAUGGUCAUGGGGCCUGACAACUUCAUCGUCUCCGUCAUGAGCUCCAUGAAUCAGCCUUUUGGGAGCCGCAUCGUGACGCCGUCCGGAAUCCUAAUGAACAGUCAAAUCCUGGACUUUUCCUGGCCCAACAAGAGCCAGGCAUCCGUCCCUCCCAAUCCGCACAACAGCAUCCAGCCCGGAAAGAGGCCGCUCUCGUUCCUCAUGCCCACCGCCGUCAGACCCUCGCUGGGAGUCUGUGGUACUUACAUGGCACUCGGAUCCUCCAACGGCGACCGCGCGCUCAGUGGCAUCACACAGGUUUUAAUGAACGUCUUGUCCCUGCAUAAGAACCUGAGUGACAGUCUGACGGUCGGCAGGCUCCACCCCCAGCUCAAGGCCAACACGGUCCUGGUGGAUGCGGAGUUUCAGAAUGGCGACGUGGUGGCGCUGGAGCAGAAAGGCCACCAGGUUCAGAGGGUGGAGGUCAUAUCGCUGGUGGAAGGAACCAGGAGAACCAACGAUGUCAUCAUCGGAGUGAAGGACCCUCGCAGCGUCGACGCCUCCGCCCUCACCAUGUUCACAUCCAUGCCCUGAUAACUCCGCCCCCUCUCAUCGAGCUACCCUAAUGUGUGUGCAAUAACAUUAACAUAGACUGAACAUACACUACUGACACUUAGAGAAAUGUCGCUAAGCUUCCUGAGGGUACUGAACAAGCCACAUCUCUCUUUCAUACGCGCGCAUACACACACGGCAUGAUCAUACUUACAGGUCACUGAACUUCACAUCAUCCAGGCUGCCUAAAGUUCAGAUUAGACCUGGUGUUAACUUUCAUCUCAGUUGUUCUGAUCACAUGCAAACACGACGUGAUCUAAUCACUUACUAGUGCGGUAGUUAAUUUUAUACCUCACAUAAAUUAAUAACCUGGAGAAUUGUUUGACAGUCAUAUAAAUAACUAAGAAAAUUAAACUAUGACUUUUAGAGAAAAAAGGUUAAGUAGUUUGGUUUUGAAAAAGACCUCCGGAUGUACAGGUUCUUGUGGAUCCUAGGGGCGGAGCUUCAUAAACAUGGAUGGGAAUUAUCCAAACCUUCAACACACCUAAUCGGGGGGAGGAAAUUAUUAAUCUCGUCUACUGCACCUUUAAAUCAUUUAAACCAGAUGAUCAAAAGAUUAAAAUUUUUAAUUAAACAGAUGUUUACCCAUAGUGCAAUUCGGGUGAAAGAAGGAAAAAAACUGCUACAAUGUAGCUAGUGCACGAUUCAUGCAGUGUGUAACUCGUCAUAUAUUUUUAUUAUUUUAUCCAUUUGAAGUUUAUCCCUUUCGGGAUAAACCCAAAAUUUUCUGUGUAAACUAAUUAUGUCGACUUCUCUGUCCUGACACUGGACACUCCUUCCAAAAAUAUGUAAAGCAUCCGCUGUACAAUUCCUUCUUAACAAGCUGUUGCCAUAGAAACGAUAACGUGCAAGAACGAGUGCAAUAACCUGCGCUACGGUCAGAGCUGCUGGUCUAAUCGACACCUUCCGGCCAAUCGGGAGACAGAAUUCAAACCUCUCUUCCACUUUUAAUUCGAUCUCAUGAACGUUAAUACCAGGUUCUCAUGAGGUUUUUGGAGAGCUCCACACCUUAUACACUCAUCCUAAUUCGCCCAUGAAGGCUUGUUAAGGGGAGGGGCUUAGAUUUAAUAUGAUCAGCCAAUCACAGACUUCUUCGUGUGACAUCGCUGCUGAAACAUUUUGCAAAAUUUGCUUUUGAUUCUAAAAUCAGAGGCGGCACAGUGUCUUUAAGUUUUAACAAAUGAAUAUGGAAAACGAGAAUUUUAUUAUUUAAAAACAUUUAUAUUUAUACGUGUGUGUGUGUGUGUGUGUGUAUUCAUAGUUCUGGUUGUUUUUAAUUAAGCAAUACAAUUUUUCCCUCUUUACAGGGAAAGCUGGCUGUUCCUGUAGCUAACAUGAGCGUAGCGAUGGCUAGCUUUGCCAAUGUUGCUGAAACCAUUAUGUUCACAUUAAAACCAGUAUCUCGUGCGAAAAAACUGAAAUCAUGACAACAUGCAAAUCCCAAAAGAAUCUUACUUAAGCUCCUCCCUUUUUAACUAGAUCCACCAAUCACAUGCUAUAAAUAUGAAUAUUCAUAUGAAUUUAUUGUUUGUGUGGGUUUUAUUUAUCUCCUGUAUGAUCUGAGACUGAAGGAAUUGCCUUAUAUUUGUAAAUGAAGAUUUGCGGUGAUUAGAAUGAGAUUAAAUCGAUUUAUUUGGGGGGGAUUUGUGAUAUAAUAGAAAUAAUUUAACUAAAUAACUAAUUAUUCUGUUGUGUUUUAAUAAAACGGUAUGAGAGAGGGAUGUACAUUUUGAUGAAAUGUUUCCGGAUGCUGGUUUUCCUCUUUUUUGCUGAAUAUUAUUUAUUGAUCAUGAUAGUGGUUUUGUUUUCGUAGUAUUUUAUGAUGACGUAUGUUUGUGUGGCCUGGAGUGUAAUGGAAUGUAUUGUAUUUCAAAGAUUGAUUAGUUUCUCCUUUGUAACUUUUUUUUUAAUCUAAAGUUAUGUUUUAUUUAUUCAUUCUGUGUCGCAUGAUGCUUUAUUUUUGCACUAUUAUCAUGUUGCUUUGAAGGACAAUAUUUUAUUUUAUUAUUUUUUUGUAUGCUGACUUAUUAAGAAGUGUAGUGUGUAACUGGUUGAGUUUUUCAUCGUUAAUAGUUUUCUGUGAUUGUUAACUGAUAAGGUCAUGUGAUCGCGAUGCCCUGAAUCCUUAUUUAUGGCACGCACUAGUUCCGAGUAAAUAUACUGAACGCUGAUUUACACAGAUUUUCCUGCUUAUAUUCUUUAUUGUUUAUUGAAGUUGAAGUGACUGCUGUAGAAGCUGCUGAAUCUAGGUAUCUAUACAUCAAGACGUUAUCUGAUCAUUAACUGUUUUUAUUUUAUUUCCAGCCAUUUAAUAUCUGUGAAGUUCAAGUUCAUGUUUUUUUUUUUCCCAGUUGUAUUCAAAUAAAUGCAUACACUA